AUGAGGAUCCGAAUCGAUGACCUGUUGGCGAGCGAAGCAAACAACUACGCCACGCUUCAACGUCAAGUCACAGUCUCGCUGGACCACUGUAUCCAACAGUGCCCCUGCAAGAUUACGGAAGAUGAGGCAGUUCCCGAGUGA